CGGUCGUCCCCCGCCCGCGCGGUACAGCUGGGCCAGUGACGCGGGAGCUGCUGCCGCCGCCACUGCCGCCGCCGCCACCGCGUUCCAUUCUCCUAAGCCGGCGACAGCGUCGCCCCCAGCCUCCUACUGCCUCCUCCCGCAGCGCGGGCCAGCGCCAGCCAGACAAGGCACGCAGGGCCUCGCCUAGACCCGAGAGGGUUGCGGGAGCGCGCAGGCGGCGGAGCGGAUCCCGGCGCCGCGGAAGCUUCGAGCGCCCCCCUCGCGGAGGUCGCGGUGCCGUUCCCCGGGUAAAUCUACCCGUGGCUGACUUUAGAAUUCUUCCUUCCGGCUUUUAAAUUUUUUCUUUUUAAAAUAACUUGGACGGAUAAAAGAUGUGCCAUGGCAGGAUAGCACCAAAGAGCACCUCAGCGUUGGCCGUGGCCUCCGCGGGACAUGGAGUGUUCCUUCCGCUGGUGAUCCUUAGCACCCUCCUUGGAGACGGCCUUGCCUCAGUGUGUUCCCUGCCCCCGGAGCCAGAGAAUGGUGGCUAUAUCUGCCACCCCCGGCCCUGCAGAGACCCCCUGAAUGCGGGCAGCGUCAUUGAGUACCUGUGUGCUGAAGGCUACAUGUUGAAGGGUGAUUAUAAGUACCUGACGUGUAAGAAUGGAGAAUGGAAACCAGCCAUGGAGAUUAGCUGCCGUCUUAAUGAGGACAAAGACACCCACACGUCACUUGGGGUCCCCACGCUGUCCAUAGUUGCUUCCACUGCCAGCUCCGUGGCACUCAUUCUCCUCCUCGUGGUGCUGUUUGUGCUGCUGCAGCCGAAGCUGAAGUCGUUCCACCACAGCAGGCGCGACCAGGGAGUAUCUGGCGACCAGGUUUCCAUCAUGGUGGAUGGAGUCCAGGUUGCGCUGCCCUCCUACGAGGAAGCUGUAUACGGCAGUUCCGGUCACUGUGUGCCGCCUGCUGACCCGAGAGUACAGAUUGUGCUGUCAGAAGGGUCUGGGCCCAGUGGGAGGACCGGGCCGCGGGAGCAGCAGCUGCAGGACCAGGGAGCCUGUUCCUCUGCAGGCGGAGAGGAGGAGGCCCCGGGCCAGUCUGGACUGUGUGAAGCCUGGGCCUCUCAGGGCUCAGAGACUGUGAUGGUGCAUCAGGCAACCACCUCUUCCUGGGUGGCCGGCUCAGGGAACAGCCGCGUGGCAUACAAAGAAGCCCCAGAUUCAGAGAACAGUGACAUACAAAGCCUUUUAUCCCUCACGUCGGAGGACUACACAGAUGACAUCCCGCUGCUGAAAGAAGCGUGAGCACCGCCACGGGCCUCUCCUCUGCAGCAGUCCUCUCUGCCCCUCCUCCCGCCCCCUGUGGGUGCGAGCACCCCCUACUCCAGCCACCCUGCCCGGAUACCUGAGCUGCCACCUGUGUAUCUGUGUAUCUCUAUCUCUGCGGGCCUCCAGGCCCACCUUGCUGGAAACUCAAGGAUGCUUCUCGCCGUCUGCCUGCUGGACAGCUGGAGGCGCUGGCGUUUUGCCCAGUCCAGCCUUCCCAUCUGUGGCGGGGACAUAUUUGAAUGUGCCGGACUGAACUCUUCCUUUCCCCGAGCCCUCCGGGUCCCCUCCAGCCAGCUCUUUGGCGGCAGACCGCACCAGCCUGCGCGGGCCUGAGAGCCGCUGUGUUUACUUGUGCCUUCCCCCCCGGCCCAUCCGACGACUCCCCUGUCGUGCAGGCUUGUUGCUGUCCUACAGGUCUUAGUGGCUGCACCGCUGCCCUCUGCCACACAGAGGGCCAGGCCUGGGUCUGGGUCUGUCCCUUCACCUUCAAGGGCUGGCACCAUUGCCUGUAGAAGGAGCAGAUCCAAAAGUGGCUCUAAUUAGGGCAAGAAUGUGGGUCCCCGGGCCUGCCCUCCGUUGACACCGGUGGCACAUUUCUUUGGCUGAGGAUGCGGAAAGUCAUGCCAAAGCUGUCCCAGCACCCAGGUGUCCAGCUCGGAGGUUCCGGCUCCUGGCCCCAUUGAGUUUCUGAGAAGCAUCGAGAAGAUCCUGAGGGAGGGAAAGAAGGUGGCUGAUUAAUGAUUGUCUUCCUAAUAUGCAAGGCCUCCCUGCCUCCUUCCAGCACUGGCCUUCCUGGCCAUGGUUUUUCUGUGUCACUGGAGCGGAAGGGGCAGUGGCCGCUGCCCCCCCCGGGUUUGGUCCUUGGCAGCUGCGCCUUCCUUGCUGUCCACGGGGGCCCAAGGAGAAUCACCACUGGGACGGGAGAGUUGCCGAGGUGCCAUGGGGGGCCUGUGGCAUUUGGGGCACGUUGCCCCGUUCUGGGUUCAUGGUGACGGAAGGGAGCCUGAGAGGCACAGACCGAGUCCCCAGGCAGCUUCAGGCAGCUCCAGCCCUGGUCCUGUGGGUCCUCGUCACCACAGUCACGUGCCUUAGUAACUGUGCCCAGGAAGCGUGCUGCUGCUUGCUGCACCGCUGCUUUCCCUGCUUGUGUUUCCCCGCCCCUCUUGCUCGUGCCAGCCCGCCAGUCCCUGGCCCCCCUGCCCCCCUUUCUCGUACCAGCCCGCCAAUCCUUGCUCUCCCCUGGCCCCCCCCGCCCCCCUUCCUCGUGCCAGUCUGCCAGUCCCUGCUCUCCCCUGGCCCUCCUGCCCCCCUUGCUCAUGCCAGCCUGCCAGCGAGUCCCUGACACCUGGGGGAGGGCCGACACUCCUGUUCACCCCCUUGCUGGUCUGCGGUGGGUGAAUGCCUGUGAAGCGGCCUGGCUCUGGGACCCUGGAGUUGGAGCGGGUGGGUGUCGUGCUCCCCAAUGCUUCUGUUGGAGGCUCUCGCU